UUUUUCAACUGUCUAAUGACGAAACAGGAAUCCCCCUGGUUCUCCUGUGGUUUUGUUGCUGAACUUCAUCUCCCACAAGCCUCGGUACGAAACAGGAAGGUGACGUAUUUUUGCUACGUGUCCGGACAUUCUGUGGUCAACAUGGCGGGGCAGCAGAGUGAUGUUGAUGAACUCUUCGAUGUGAAAAAUGCAUAUUACAUUGGCAGUUACCAACAAUGUAUUAACGAGGCUCAGAAAGUGAAGCCGUCAUCACCUGAGAAAGAGACUGAAAGGGACGUGUUUUUGUACAGAGCAUACAUCGCUCAGAGAAAGUAUGCUGUUGUCUUGGAUGACAUCAAGGGCAACUCUCAACCUGAGCUUCAGGCUGUCAAGAUGUUUGCUGAGUAUUUGUCCAGUGAAAGCAAAAGGGAUAUUAUUAUUGCUGACCUGGAUAAGAAGAUGGCAAAAAGUGUUGAUGCCACCAACACCACCUUUCUCCUCAUGGCUGCUUCCAUCUACCACCAUGAGAUGAACACGGAUGCUGCUCUCAGGACUCUGCAUCAAGGAGAAAGCCUGGAGUGCAUGGCCGAGACCAUUCAGGUGCUGUUGAGUCUGGAUCGUGUUGACCUUGCGAGGAAAGAACUAAAGAAGAUGCAGGAGCAGGAUGAGGAUGCUACUCUAACCCAGUUAGCCACAGCCUGGGUCAAUAUCGCUGUGGGUGGAGAGAAGCUGCAGGAUGCCUACUACAUUUUCCAGGAGAUGUCAGACAAGUACUCCUCUACACUACUGCUUCUCAAUGGGCAGGCGGUCUGUUACAUGGCUCAAAAUAAGUGGGAGGAGGCUGAGGGGGUGCUACAGGAAGCACUUGACAAGGACAGCAGCCACUCUGAGACGCUGAUCAAUCUUAUAGUACUCACUCAGCACCUGGGCAAAGCUCCCGAGGUAACCAAUCGGUACCUCUCUCAGCUGAAAGAUGCACACAGAGCCCACCCAUUCCUCAAGGACUAUUUAGCCAAGGAGAAUGAGUUUGACAGACUAGUGAUGCAGUACGCUCCCACCGUCACAGCAUAAGAUAAUGUGCUUCUGCUGAGACGCCUCAGCAAUGGACAUCUGUUUAACAUCAUGAGGAUAACACUCUCUCUAUCAGUCUCUCACACAUACCUGUAUUUGUUUAGAUAUUUUUACUCGCAAAACAAAAAAGGGUUUAAAAGUAACGUGGCUAUAUUAUUUAAACCAGACAAGUCAUCUUUUCCCUUGGAGCUAGAUGAAUCCUAUCUGUCUUUAUCUAUUCUUUAUACAUUUGCAGUUCCCCUAAUGGAAAUCAGCCGAACUGUUUAAUGUAAGCAUUCCUUUGUCAUGAUAAUAAAUCUACUAUUUGA